AUGGCCCCUCUCUCACCCGGCCGUUUCCUGUGCUGGCUGGCGUGGUUGCUCCGGGCAGCCCGGCCCCUCAGCGGACAUGAAGCAGGCCCUGCCAAGCCUUGGCAUCCCCUGAACCGCCGCCAGCGACAGGAAAGGACGCGGUUCUUCAACCACGCCUGGUCAGACCCUUCGCCUGUCGAGACUGCGCCCUGGCUGGGCUUAUGGAGGCCCGGGGAGGCUCGCAUGCGACAUCGGCGGCAUAGACGGCUUUUCCCUCGACGUCCUUUGAAGCCUUCACUGUGUGGCACUUGGCGCGGCUGGCCCAAUCGGGGGCGCCGCAUCGGAGAGGCCUCCAACCCUGGGCCCGUGGCCCUGGCACCCCCGUUGGCGGCGAGCGGCCCCGACGACGCCAACGCGAUGACCCUGACAGCAUGGACGUGGAAGCUGCCCAAGGGCCUACUGCGGCCGGCACACGUGUCUACUGCCCAGUGCCUACUUGCCCGUGCCAUGAUACUCGGCGCGCACAUCGAUGCGCACCUGGCUGGGUCUCUGCAGGGGGAUGUUCCGGAGGCUUGGCUGCAAGGACGAAGUCGCCAACGCUGCAUGGUCUGCGGUCUCAGCGUGUCCAUUCAGCAUGGUGUACACCCUUCGUGCCGCCCGGCUGCUCGUGCUGCCAUGGCCAGCCCAGUGGAGGCCCUGCACGGGGACGGCAUCCAGCUUCCGAGCUUUCAAGACAUUAUCGCUGGGUGCACCCCUACCCUGCGACACGUGCCCGGGCGAGCUCGCCACCUGUGGGCGCGGGCCUUGACCCGUGCACUCGCUGCAGUCGUUCAUCGCAAUGACGAAACGUCGUGGCGUGAGCUUCUUAUGCUCCCCCAGUCAGUCUUGGAUCCGCCACGCCGCGGGGGCAAGCAACACGCCAAGGCUGCAGCUGUCUACACGCUGGACAGGCUCAAGCGAUGGGAGGAUGGUGAACGGUUGCUCCUUUGGCAAACUCGCCAACAACCGCAGCGAGGGCGCCGCCGCCCGCUCAGCAAGACUCAGCGGCAGGACCUCGCCACUAGCCUCGCUAGAGAAGGUUUCGAGGGCAAGGCCUGUGCUGCCCUUCUGUCCACGGGGCUUGCACCGGAGGACCCGGAGACCACCGCUGCUAUUCGAGCCCUUCAUCCUGUGCAUGCUAGCCCCGCGGUGCCAGCCAUGCACCAACUGCCUCCUGCACCUGAGUUGGUGCCUGACGUCGUGGCUAAAGCUUUGCGCAGCUUCAACGCGGCCUCUGCGCCUUCUGGUCUCCGUGUUCAACACCUUCGUGAUGCCUGUGCCCCGGGCUCUUCGGCAGCCCUGCUUGAGCAACUCACUGCCGUGCUCAACCUCCUUGCCCAAGGGCAAGCCUGUCCGACUGCAGCGGCUACCUUGGCGGGCGCUGGCUUGGUGGCAAUUCCGAAGCCUCAUGGUGGAGUCCGGCCUAUCGCAAUUGGAGAAGUUCUCCGUCGCCUGACGGGCAAGUGCUUGAUGCACCACGUCCGCAACGCGGCACGGGAGCACUUCUUCCCGGCUCAGCUCGGGGUCGCAGUUCCGGCUGGAGCGGAGGUCGCCGUCCACUCCGUGCGCGCCUGGAUGGACAGACACGCGGCUGGCCGCAAAAUCUUGCUAAAGCUUGACUUUGAAAACGCAUUCAACUGCAUCAAGCGGGAGGCCGUCUUCGCUGCUGCCAGAGACCACUUUCCUGCACUGUCCCGCUGGGCGAUCCUCUUGGACCGCUACUUUUUGCGGCUGCCAUCCAGCCCCUGGUGCUGGAACUCAGAGCCGGCCGUCGCGGCUGCGUUGGUGCAGACACAGCGCCGGGCGGCCGCACUAGGCCUGCGUUUAAACCUGAAGAAGUGCGAGGUGGUUGCAACUGGAGACGUUGCGGCCGGUGACUUGGUGGGACACUUACCUGACGCCCUCCUCCGCCGGGCAGACGGAAGCAGCAGACUUCUUCGCAACUUUGAGCUUUUGGGGGCUCCGAUAGGCGACCUGGCCUCCACUGCGGCGCACAUCUCCUCCCGCGUUGCUGGUGCGCGGACCUUGCUGGACGCAGUUGGGGAGCUUGAAGACCCGCAGGUUGGGCUUAGGCUGCUUCGCGCCUGUGCAGGCCAUUGCCGCCUCGUGCACAGCAUGCGGUGCGCUCCACCCCAAGCUCAAGCUGACGCCUUUCAAGAGUUUGACCGGCUUGUUCAGGCUUGCUUUGCCAGCCUGACGGGCCUCCACCUUGAUGCUGCGCAGUGGGAACAGGCGGGCCUCAACUUUGCCCAGGCUGGCCUUGGUUUGCGCUCCACAGCGUUGGAUGCGCCUGCAGCUUACUUGGCUUCCGUCGGUGGCUCUGCUCAGCUCUGCAGCCGGGUUGAUGCCGAGUUCUGUCUUGGUGCAGUGCCAGGACGAGUGGACGUGCAGCAGGCUCUGGCGGACCUCAACCAGCAUGCUGCUGGCCCUCUUACAGCUUCGACCGCCCUCAUGCUGAAGCAGAAGGCCCUCACUGCUGGUCUGGAUGAGUUCCGCUGGCAGCGUCGCCUGGCCAACUGCCACCUCGCCGCUCAGGCGGUGUUACGGUCGGAGGCUGAACCUGGGGCCCGGGCCUUCCUCGCCGCCACCCCCCAUGGGCGCAGGCGAAUGGAGCCCGCUGCAUUUGUAGCCGAGCUUCGACAGCGCCUGUGCAUGCCGGAUGCUACACAGGACGAAUGGUGCCCGCGAUGUGACUGCAUCCUGGACAAGUUCUCCUACCACGCUGGCCUUUGCUCUGCUGGAGGUGAGCGGACCCUGAGACACAAUGCACUCCGUGACCUCCUGUGCACCUGGGUCGGUCGAGCCGGUCUCCACCCCGAGCGUGAAAAGCCGCAGGUGCUACUACCCCAACGCCCGGAAGACCAUGGGUUGGAUCGCCGGCGCCCUGCAGACAUCUUCGUGCCUUCUUACCUUGGCGCUCCCGUUGCAUUUGAUCUGGCCGUGACCGGCCCCCAGCGACUGGAGACCUUGGCAGAAGCCUCACGGAAGAGCCUCGCUGCAGCGACCGCCUAUGUCGCUGUGAAGAAGGCUCACCUGGACACCGCUGCGACCUGCCAGGCACAGGGUGUCAGAUUUCUGCCCCUCGUGGCCGAAACAACCGGGGCGUGGGAAGCUGAAGCGGCCAAAGUCCUGACUCAGAUCUCUCGAGCUGCAGCCGCCCGCGAAGGUGCAGAUCCGGCAGCUCUGCAUGGUGAACUCCUUCAGGAACUCUGCGUCGUCGCUCGCAGCUUCCGCGCCAGGGCGGUGUUGCAUAGGAGAGCUGAGUUGGCCGCCGCGUCUGCGCCCGGGGCGGCACAGUCCGCUGCAGCCUGCUUGCUCGCGACUGACAGCUGA